GCGCAAUAAAAAUAAUAUUUAGAAAUGGCUUCCGACAGAAUUGCUAUCUUUCCUUCUCGAAUGGCCUUGACGACCAUGAAGGGGAAGUUGAAAGGUGCACAAAAAGGUCACAGUUUAUUGAAGAAGAAGGCAGAUGCUUUAACUCUCAGGUUUAGACAGAUCCUCAAGAAAAUCAUUGAGACUAAAAUGUUGAUGGGUGAUGUCAUGAAAGAGGCAGCAUUUUCAUUGGCUGAGGCAAAGUUUGCUUCGGGUGAAAUAAACCACAUGGUUCUGCAAAAUGUCAGCAAGGCUCAGACAAAAGUUCGCUUUAAAAAGGACAAUGUAGCUGGUGUCCAACUACCAAUAUUUGAACACUAUACAGAUGGGACAGACACGUAUGAACUAACUGGGCUAUCCCGUGGUGGUCAACAGUUAGGCAAACUAAAGAAGAACUAUAGCAAAGCUGUGGAGUUAUUGGUGGACCUUGCCUCCCUGCAAACAUCCUUUAUUACAUUGGAUGAAGUCAUUAAGAUAACCAAUAGGAGAGUUAACGCUAUUGAGCAUGUGAUCAUUCCCCGUAUAGAGAAUACACUCGCCUACAUUUCCACUGAGUUAGAUGAAAGAGAGAGAGAAGAGUUCUUUAGGCUUAAGAAGGUACAAAACAAGAAGGGAAAGGAUAGAGCGGCUAAUGAGGCCAGGAAAGAGGCGCUGAGACUCCAGGGAGUUGACGUAGAUGGGGGCAAUCUGCUGGAUGAUCAAUAUGAUGAAGAUUUACUCUUCACAGACUAAUGAUUCAUGUGAACUAGUUCAAUUAAUAUGGAGUAUGUCAAACUAGUUGUGAUAUCAGAUUUAAUCAAACCAGAAUUUAUACCAAGUUGAUGAACUGAUUU